GUUUUAAGCAAACAGCAUGCAUGUGCAAGGCAGGUGAGCCAGGGGUCCUGCAAUCCUGAACCUAAGAAAAUCGGAAAGUGCUCAAUGGGAGAAACCAGAACCGCGGCAAGAAGGUCAGGAGGCCAGGUUACCCAGAGGAGGCUUAAAAGAACUUUCCUGGAGCAAAAAUAACGUCCUUUAGUUUGCUUGUUUUUAACAUAUGAGCUCUGCCUGGCUUCAGAUUAGUCAAUCUUCCUGCCUUGGCUUUCAGAGUGCUGGAAUUACGGGUGCUAUCUACCAUACAGAACCUAAAAAAGAAGCCCAAACUGUCCUGGAACUCACUAUAUGACCCAAGCUGACUUCAAACUCAGCAAGGCUGCACUGGGGAGGCGAAAGCAACAGGAUCAGGAGCUCAAGGCCAGGCUGUGCUACACAGAUCUUGCUUCGAAAACCCUAAAAACAUAAAAACGAUGAGCUUCUGCUUGUGAUAGCCACUGUGCCUGCCCUGGAGUGCGCGUGGACGUUCUGUGCAGGAAGGUACCCAGGCAGUACCGGAUGGAGAGUCCGGGCAUCGACCGUCUGAAGAGUGGAGCAAUCCAAGUCCUGGGCACUGUCAAAUGGUUCAACGUCCGGAAUGGUUACGGAUUCAUCAACAGGAAUGACACGAAGGAGGAUGUCUUUGUUCACCAGACAGCUAUUAAAAGAAACAACCCCAGGAAGUUUCUGCGAAGUGUUGGAGAUGGGGAGACUGUGGAGUUUGAUGUCGUGGAAGGAGAGAAGGGUGCAGAAGCUGCUAAUGUAACUGGGCCUGGGGGGGUGCCAGUGAAGGGCAGCCGCUAUGCCCCCAAUCGCCGCAGGUUCCGUAGAUUCAUUCCUCGGCCUCGCCCAGCAGCCCCACCACCCAUGGUGGCAGAAGCUCCCUCUGGGGGGACAGAACCUGGCAGCGAAGGGGAGCGGGCAGAGGACUCGGGGCAGCGGCCUAGACGACGGCGCCCGCCACCCUUCUUCUAUCGAAGGCGGUUUGUGCGAGGCCCUCGGCCCCCCAACCAGCAACAGCCCAUAGAGGGCUCCGAUGGGGUAGAACCCAAGGAGACAGCCCCACUGGAGGGUGACCAACAGCAGGGAGAUGAGCGGGUACCCCCACCCAGAUUCCGGCCCAGGUACCGAAGGCCUUUCCGCCCCAGGCCGCCCCAACAGCCUACCACAGAAGGUGGGGAUGGAGAGACCAAGCCCAGCCAAGGCCCCACUGAUGGCUCCCGGCCUGAGCCCCAGCGUCCACGAAACCGUCCCUACUUCCAGCGGCGUCGGCAGCAGCCCCCUGGCCCCCGGCAGCCUAUAGCCGCAGAGACCUCAGCACCUAUCAACAGUGGGGACCCCCCCACCACCAUACUGGAGUGAAUCCAACUCAGAGGACACCCAGAGCUACCAUCUGGUAUCUGCCAGUUUCCAACUGACUCUACCCAGCACCCCCUCCCGCCUUUCCCUUAAUUCAUGACAUCAAAACAUCAGCUUUUCCCUUGAGACUCAGGAGGGCCAAAGCAACAGCCUUUGGCUUUUUUCUCUUCCCCCUCCCCUAGCAUGGGUUGAAGGAAGGGUCCAUCCUUACUGUUCAGAGGCAUCACCUCCCUCCCUCGUCAGGCUGAGAAGGAACCAGCCAGCUCAUCCCUCCUCCUGAUUGUUUUUCUUCCCACCCAUUUAUUUUUUGUUUCCCUUCGACCUCCCCCCAACACCUCUGAAGCCAUUUUAUGAACUGUCAUGUGCCACCUGAGCCUCCAGUAAAAACAAAAGCAGGCUUUCUUGU